AUGGUUGUUGCAAGUCAUCUCUCGAGCCCUGUGUACUUUUUCCUGAAUCAUUUGGCUGUUAUUGAUAUUUGUUUGUCUUCUGUCACUGUGCCUAAGCUCUUAGGAAUUUUGACUGCAAGGCAGACAAUUUCAUAUUCUGCAUGUUUUGGCCAAGUGUUCUUUAUUCUUCUAACAGGAUGCAAUGGAGCUUGCAUUCUUGCAGUAAUGGCUUAUGACCGUUUUGCUGCCAUUUGCAAACCCCUUCAUUAUGUACAAAUUAUGAAGAAAGCAUGUUGUAGAUGGCUGGUGGGUGGUGCCUGGACAAUAGCUUUUUCAUAUGCUUUUGUAAAUACAUUUUCUGCUUUAAAGCUCAAUUUCUGCAGAGAAAAUUUUAUCAAGCAUUUCAGUUGUGAAUUGCCAUCUCUACUUGCAUUAUCUUGCACAGACACACUUUCCAAUUGGAUACUCUUCUUCAUAACUGGUGGCGUCAUUGUCAUAUGUUCAUUUGGUUUCAUUUUAUUUUCCUACAUUCAUAUCAUCUCCACUAUACUGAAGUUGAACUCUGCAGAAGCAAAAAGGAAAACUUUCUCUACCUGUACCGCUCACCUCAUUGUUUUGGUUUUGUAUUAUAGCACUGGAUGUUUUAGGUAUAUGAGGCCCAACUCAGCCUCCUCAAUUAUUGUGGAUGAACUGAUCAGUAUACAAUAUAGCAUUUCCACACCCAUGCUGAAUCCCCUAAUCUACAGCCUGAAAAACAGGGAAGUGAAGGAAGCCAUAAAAAAGCUAUUGGGCUACAAACCCUUGAUUUCUCAUACUGAGUAA